UUGACAAGAAUGACUACCACCAGCAUGACCAUGGGCAAGAUCAUCUUCUAUGAGGACAGGAACUUCCAGGGUCGUUCCUAUGAGUGCAUGAGCGACUGCCCCGAUAUGUCCUCCUACCUGAGCAGGUGCCACUCCUGCAGGGUGGAGAGCGGCUGCUUCAUGGUUUAUGAGAGGCCCAACUUCAUGGGAAACCAGUUCUUCAUGAGGAGGGGAGAGUACUCUGACUACCAGAACCUGAUGGGAAUGAGCGGAGGCAUCAGGUCUUGCCGUAUGAUCCCCAUGCACAGGGGCCAGUUCAGGAUGAGGAUCUACGAGAGGGAGAACUUUGGUGGUCAGACAUCUGAGCUGAUGGAUGACUGUGACAACAUCAUGGAGCGUUUCCGCAUGUCUGACUGCCAGUCCUCCAACGUGCUGGAAGGCCACUGGCUCCUGUACGAGCAGCCCCAGUUCAGAGGCAGGAUGAUCUAUCUGAGGCCCGGAGAGCACAGGAGCUUCAUGAACAUGGGCCUGAGCGGCAUGAGGAUCAUGAGCAUGAGGCGUAUCACUGAUAUGUGUUAA